UAAAGAAACCACUCAGAGACCACCUGGCUCAGUCUUUGUAAAAAAAAUAAUCCUCUGCCACUGCAACUACAAGUUUGGCCAACAGCUAGCCAUCCAGAGCUUAGUAGCGAUCUAUAAUAAGUUCAGCAUGGCAGAACUUUUACAGCUGUUUAAGAACAUGGGAGCAAAUUGUAGCAGUGAAAACUCCACGGUUGACGCCGUCGUCACGGUGCGGACAGGCGACGUCAAAGGCGGGGGCACCGACGGGAACGUCUUCAUCGCCCUGCACGACAUCAAGGGCAACCGCACCCGGGACGUCCUGCUCGACUGCCGCUGGAAGAACGACUUCGAAGCGGGCAGUCUGGACACGUUUAAGAUCAGUGACGCCAGGCUGCCGAACGACGUGAAGGAGAUUGAGAUCUGGAGGGAUGACUCCAUGAAGGUGGAUGACUGGUUCGUGGAGGUCAUCACUGUGGACAUCAUCGGAGAACCGACUAAGUUUGUUUUCCCAGUGCAGAGGUGGGUGAACGCAGGCGACCGGCUGUUCUUGACACCGUACGACAGCUGUCUACCACAGUUUGAACAGCACACCGACCAGCGUACCCGGCUGCUCAACCUCAAGAGACAGCUGUACCAAUACAAGCAGAACGUGGAGGGGCUGCCGGUACAGGGCAAAGACUUGCCAAGAGAUGAGCAGUUUUCCAACGAUUAUCGGGGGAUGAACUAUUGGAAGGAAGAUCUCAACUUCGGCGAGCAAAGGCUGAUGGGAUGCAACCCGACUCUUUUCAAGCUCUGCAGUGAAAUCCCAGAGAAUUUUGGAGUGACAGCUGAGAUGUUGGAGCCCCAUCUGGAGGGACUUUCCCUUGAGGAUGCCCUGGGAGCUAAGCGGCUCUACAUCGUUGACCUGACGUUCUUGGAGGGAACCAAGUGUAAAAAUGACAGAACGAUGACCGCACCGUACGCUCUUCUGUUCGUGAACAAGGAUAAGGAUCUCAUGCCGAUCGCCAUUCAGCUUUUCCCAAUGAAGGGACCAGACAAUCCGGUGUUUCUUCCCUCGGACCAUGAGUACACGUGGAUGAUGGCGAAGAUGUGGUACAACAUGGCCGACUGCUCUUAUCACCAAUCAUGCACUCAUCUUGGACUGACCCAUCUCAUUGCCGAGUCCUGCGCGAUCUGCACCCAUCGCCAACUGUCUGCAUCGCACCCGAUGUUCCGUCUGAUGGCGCCUCACUUCCUGUACCUGCUGGCUAUCAACACUCUUGCGUUGGACAGGUUGGUUUGCCCGGACGGAUGGAUUGACAAAACGAUGCAGAUGGGAAGGGAAGGUCUCUUCAACAUUGUGAAGAAAGUAUGGAAAGACUGGAGACUGGACGUCCAGGGCACUCUCCCUGCUGAACUGAAGAAUCGUGGGGUAGAGGACGUGGAAGCCCUCCCCAACUACCCGUACCGUGAUGACGCCCUCCCCAUCUGGAACGCUAUCAACACGUAUGUCAGGAAGGUGGUAGAGGCCACAUAUGACGUCCCAGCGAAGAUUGCCGAAGAUCACGAGCUACAGGCCUGGGUACGAGAGUUAGGGGGACCUCAGUCAGAGGGAGGCUGUGAGAUCAAGGGAGUGCCCGGCGGUGGAAAGUUCGCCACUGUGGAUGAGAUCGUUGCCACGGUAACGUCCAUCAUAUUCAUCUGUAGUGUCAGCCAUGCUGCCGCUAAUUUCGCCCAGUACGACGAGUAUGCCUUUCCUCCUAACUACCCAGCAUUCAUGCAUGGGGAGCCACCCAAGACUAAGGACCCUCUGACGGAACAGGACAUCAUCAGUGCCCUGCCCGACAAGUCCCACACGCUGGACAUCAUGGUCGUCACCAAGAUCCUGAGUGACAGGGGCACCCAGCCUCUGGGCGACUUCGAGAGGCAGUACAUGUACGAUCCGAUAGGGGUCAAGGCGUGGAAAGAAUUCUGCCAGGAGCUUGCCACCAUCUCUCAAGAGAGCAGCGAGCGAGACAAGGCGAGAAAGACUUCGUACCCAUACCUGAACCCUACGGAGAUCCCCAACGCUAUCAGCAUCUAGAGGAGGGAGGAAACCACUGGAGCAUUGAGAUAAAAAACGCAGGCUACACACAUGUAUAGUCUACCAAUGCUUACUGCAAUGCACUGCUAGUUGUAAAGGAUGCAAUAACAGUCAUGUUAGAGACAAGGACAAUGUGGCACUGCAUGCACUCUUAGUAACUUAUUGUAACAGUGUCUCAUAGAAAAGACAAGGACAUAAGAUAAAGGUAAUCACAUAGCCUUUCUGAGGUGGUAGGGUCAGUGAAUUGUCAGAGACCGUGUCUAGGGCACGGAAUCCGGCACAGUCAGUAUAUUUUUGGCUGAGGCAAAUGUUUCAAAUACAAUAAACGUGCAUGAUGUUUCUGUACAUACCAAGUAGAACAAAGUGUAAUAUUUCCUUUGUGAGGUUUACAAGGUCUCAUGGUACCGCAUUUGCCGGGUCUUAUUUCUUAAAGUUUGACAACGUGAAAUACACGGAUACUUACGACUUAGAUAUGAAUGGGAAACCUUAUCUAAAUGCUUCCUUAAUUGACACUGUGUAUUUCUUUUCUUCAUCCAAUAUGUACGCGGGAUUGUGCACAAUUCAUCAGAUUUGUGAGUGCGUUUCCAAGUUUGCUUUGGUGUUAUGUAUAUUUAAUGAUCUUCUAGUGCUUCUUAUGUUUGUCAAGUCAAGUUUGGGGUUAGAAUUAUGUGCUGCUACUUAUCUUAAUUUGUCUGUGUCGUUUGAACCAUUAACCAAGCUGCCGGGUAUACAUGAUUUUACAAGUAGGUAGAUCAACGUUGUACCGACAAGUACACACCACUGUUAGACUGAUGUACAAGGUAAAAUAUUCAGUUAUAAUACGUGCGGAGGUUAGUACUAAAUGUCGUCUGAUAAAGUACAUCAUAGUUGAUGGUGGUGGUUUGCCAGUAUCACGUAUAUAGCGCUGUCUGUUUCCUUGUUGUUUCUGUAGCAAAACGUUGGACGGGGAAAUGUUGCUGGUCGGAUUUACCAAACCACAAGUUGGUGUAAGAUCAAGUAUAAGAUAUCUUACCAAGCAACCGUUGAGCGGGCAUUUAUUACUAUUUGCGCCACAUAAAGUUUUAAAACACAAGUUAAUUGCACAACGAUUGCAGCAGGUACAAUGUAUGGCAAGUAACAUGUAUUACUAACAACUACAAACUAUCUACAUCUGUAUACUAAUCUAACAUAAUAGAAAAUAUGGAGGCAUAGUGUAUUUCACAUGUAACCUGUGUGAAAUACGUCGAAUGGGUUUGUUUUUUAGGAAGGAAUUUGUACACAUGUGAUUAUCACUUCAUCUGAUGUGUUUAUUAUUCAAGAGUACAAUAUUAUAUCCGUGUGAGACAGUUAUGGGGUAUAGAUUAUACCUUAUAUAUAGUACCUUUCUUGCCACAUGCUAAGUCUACCUUGGAGGUUAUAUAGAGUACAAUUUGCUGUAUAUUAACUUUAAAAUACACAUUGCGACAAACGGUUACUUC